AAGACUACAACAGUAGACCAGCAGCUCCUCCCUCAACACAGCUGAUGUCAUCCACCUCUCCAGCAGGUGUUCAAAAGCUGCCGACACUGCUCAGCUUCACUUUCCUCUUUAAUCGAAACACCAGAAGUUCCACACAGAGAAACACACGCGUCUUGCACCAUGAAGACCCUGAACAAUCGGGCUGAGAGCCACCUGACUGGGCAAGUGGACUUUGAGUUGGACAAAGUAGGUAAUGGGGGCUGGGUGAACCAGGGCUACUGUAGCUCCCCUCCACCCUUCCCCCGGGUCACCACUGUCUUCAACCCCAAACCCCACUUCGAGAGGAACAUGAAUAGCCUGUACAACCUGGAUACCCCGAUAGCGCUCCCAGAGGACCCACCAACCAAAGACCAAAGUCUGAAGAAACGAAGAGGCUGCUGCUGUUUUAUCAAAGCACUGUGGGGGACAACGCUGACUGAAAACACCUCUGACAACAGAGAGCAGUUCAUCCGAACCACGCUGCGGGAGCUGCUGGUCUAUGUCUUUUUCCUGGUGGACAUAUGCCUCCUGACAUAUGGGAUGACCAGCUCAAGCGCCUACUAUUACACUAACGCCAUGACGAACCUGUUUGUGAAUACACCCAGUAGCAGUGGGGUUACGUUUCAGUCUAUUGGCUCCAUGGCUGACUUCUGGACCUUCGCCCAGGGCCCACUGUUGAACGGACUCUACUGGACAACGUGGUACAAUAACCAGCCCUUGGAAAGCGGAAACACGUCUUUCAUCUACUACGAGAACAUGCUGCUGGGUGUCCCCAGGAUGAGGCAGAUCAAGAUCAAGAACAACUCCUGCACUGUCUACAGUGACUUCGAAAAUGGGAUCAAAGGCUGUUUCGCUGUUUACACUAACCAGAAGGAAGACGAGCAGAGCUUCGGCCUCAUCAACGGCUCUGCCUGGACCUACCACACAGAGAAAGAGAUAAAGGGUUCCUCUUACUGGGGCUUGGUGGCCACCUACAGUGGAGCAGGAUACUAUCAAGACCUGAGUCGCACACAAGAGGAGAGCGCCAACAUACUGACUGAGCUACAGAACAACCUUUGGCUGGACAGAGGAACCAGAGCAGUCUUCAUCGACUUCUCCACUUACAACGCGAACAUCAACUUGUUCUGCGUCAUCACGUUGGUGGUUGAAUUCCCAGCGACCGGUGGAGCAAUCCCUUCCUACCAGAUCCGAACAGUCAAACUGAUUCGCUACAUAACGACCUGGGACUACUUCAUCCUAGGCUGCGAGUUGCUCUUCUGUGUGUUCAUCUUCUACUACAUUGUGGAGGAGAUUCUUGAGCUGAAAAUACACAAGUUCUCCUAUUUCAAUAGCAUCUGGAACAUACUAGACAUUGUUGUCAUAUUGCUUGCCAUUGUUGCCAUCAUAUUCAAUGUAUUUCGGACCAUCAAAGUGGACAGCUUGCUUGGGAAUCUGCUGAAAAAUCCUAACAUCUAUUCAGAUUUUGAAUUUCUGGCAUUCUGGCAAACCCAGUAUAACAACAUGAAUGCGGUUAACCUGUUUUUCGCAUGGAUCAAGAUUUUUAAGUACAUCAGUUUCAGUAAGACCAUGAAUCAGCUGUCCUCCACGCUGGGCCGAUGUGCCAAAGACAUCUUCGGAUUCGCCAUCAUGUUCUUCAUCGUGUUCUUUGCUUAUGCUCAACUCGGAUAUUUGCUGUUUGGAAUGCAGGUUCAAACAUUCAGCACCUUUGUAAAGUGCAUCUUCACACAGUUCCGAAUUAUUCUUGGAGACUUUGAUUUUGAUGCCAUCGACAGCGCUAACAGAGUCCUUGGGCCGAUCUACUUUGUCACUUAUGUGUUUUUUGUUUUCUUUGUUCUGCUGAACAUGUUCCUGGCCAUCAUAAAUGAUACAUAUGCAGAGGUGAAGCAGGAGCUCUCUGAAAAAGAUGAACUACAAAUUACUGACAUUUUUAAACAGAGCUACAUGAAGACAUUUAUGAAGCUGAAGCUUAAAAAAGAGAAAAUAUCAGAUGUUCAGAAGGUUCUACACUCUGGAUCUGGAGAUCUUGAAUUUCAGGACUUCAGAGAAACUCUUAAAGAGAUGGGACAUGGCGAUCAAGAAAUAAACGCAGCCUUCUCCAAGUUUGACCGCGACGGGAACAAAAUUCUAGAUAAAGACGAACAGAGGUGGAUGAAAGCUGAGCUGGAGCAAAAGAGGGAGGCUCUCAGUGCCGAAAUCAACAAUCUCGGAAUGAACUAUCAGAUGGAAUUACACGAGAAGCCUCCUGUCAAAUCCAACGAGCACAAGAGCAAUUCCAGUCAAACCUUUGUGGAGCGGGAACAUUUCUUGAGUCUGGCCAAACAGGUUCUUCAGCUUGAAAGCUCCGUGGCAGGCAUUGCGUCCCAGACUGAGCUGAUUAUGGAGAAACUGGGAUUACAAGGGAAAGCUAAAGACGCUGCAACAGCAAAGAAACCGUGACCAGUAACGAUAAGGAUGAAACUGUCUCAGAUAGUCAUGACUUUGGUCAGUGAGGACAGCACAACAGACGCCAGAGAUGUCAUCCCGAAGGCAAGCAGUACACAGCUCCACCAGCAAGUGAUGUAUGUAAUUAACCUCUGAGGAAAACAGCUGGAUAAAAACUUCCUAAUAUACAUGUUAAAUAAAGUACUGACAAUACGACAUUUCAAUAUUGAAAGAACAGAAAUCAUGCAGAUAUGUAAAUUGUAUAAAUAAUAUUUUGUCUACUAGCUGACUGCACAGUUUAAGUAUAUAUAUAUAAAAUGUUAUGUUAUGUUAUGCAUUAGUGCUGUGUAAUAUAAUAUACUUAAAUAGAGAAGUUGUGUAAUAUAAUCCAAUUCUGGGCAAUACAUAUAUUAACUAAAUUCCAAGUGAAUACUUUGCUUUAAUCUAUUGAUGAAUGUUCACAUUCGCUUACAUUUGCUCAAUAUCUAUUGGCCAAUUUUAUAGUUUAUAUGGUUUAGUGAAAUGGCUCAAUUUUUCAACACCAUGCCAAGGUGUAAUAAUCAUACUCAUCACAUUGGGAUGCACUCACUAUGAAAUGACACCAGUGUUUGAAAUCUUGCAACAAUUCUUUUCUCAAGUUUUGUUUCAGUAAAUCUUUCAGCUCUCACACCAUCUUUAAAGGAAGAUCAAUUUAAACAUACAAAAUGAAUAAAACUUAAUAUACAGUGUUUAACAAAUUUAUUAGACCACCACUAAAUGUAAGCUUUAUACCACAGCUGUCUUAAAAUACCAGGGCAGGUAAUAACAAAACGAUGUUUACGUUUUUGUGAUGGUUAACUCACCAAAAUAAUAUUAAAAUAUAAUUAUUAUUGUCCGUGAAUUUUCCAUGAAUGUACCAUUUUACAAGAAAAGUAGUAAAACACAUUGUUUUUGAUUAAGUUGCAAAAUUAGUUAAUUUAGUGGUUCAAUGUUAUGUUUGAUUUUUUCUGAUUAGUCCAGCGUGUUGGUUCAAAUUUGGGUAUAAAAAUGUGAAUUCAAUGAUUUUUGGUUCUAAACAAGUUUUGAUAGGUUUGUAUUUUCUUGUUUUACGAGAGGUUUAACACGUGUGUUAAGUAUUAUAAAAACCAUAACACAUAACUGAGACAUCAAACAAUAGCUAAUGUCAUCAUUAUCUGCUGAUAGGACACUAGCAGUCAAAAGUGAAUGCUGGCAGAUACCAAACCUAUUCCUGUUAAAAAUGGAAAAAUAUGUCUAUUAUCCAAGUACAGUAAACACUAAAAAGGGCAGAAAGAUUUUGAGCAAAUGUGUG